GGUGGAGGGAGGGUGGUGGUGAGCACUCUCGCGAUACUUUGAACGUACCGUGGCGGCUAGACGAAGGAGAGGUUUGUAAACAGGGCAGCUCCAGGAUCUCAGGGACUGAGGGAAAAAAACUAGAUCGUCUCCUGAGCAUCGAAGCUCCCUCCAUCUCCGCAGGCUCCUUCUACAUGUCAAACAUUUCUUUCAACCGGCCUCUCGGGACCGGAAGUCCUCCGUCCUGAGCGUCCAAUACUGGAAGCGGCCUUUCUUACCGGAAACCCUUUUCCAGGGGCAUAGGAAGACAGUCUACCUGGCCGGAAGUCCCACCUCUUUGAGGUUUCUCCCACCCUUCCCGAAGUUUUUUUUUUUUGUUGUUGUUGUUACCUGUUUGCCUUCGCUCCUAUUCUGUCUUAUUUCUGUACUAGAGAAAGAUACAUUGUCUCCUCUCCCAGCUCCGCUAAGCUGGUUUGAUAGCUCACUCCCUGAAUCGGAGUUCCUUCCCCGACGCCCCCAUGUAGCUGAGAAGUGGGACCUAGGGGUGGUUGGACCCCUGGGAUCCUGAAGGAGAGGCAGAGGAGGUAGCAGGAAGGCUUCUGCUCCUGCGAUCAGGACGCGAUCUUCUCAGCUUUACCCCUCCCGCUGCCAUGCACCCUGCGGCCUUCCCGCUUCCUGUUGUCGUGGCUACUGUGCUGUGGGGAGCAGCCCCUGUCCGAGGGCUGAUUCGAGCGACUUCGGAGCACAAUGCCAGCAUGGACUUCGCAGACCUUCCAGCUCUGUUUGGGGCCACUCUGAGCGACGAGGGACUGCAGGGGUUCCUGGUGGAGGCCCACCCAGAAAAUGCCUGUGGUCCUAUUGCCCCGCCACCCUCAGCCCCGGUCAAUGGGUCAGUCUUUAUUGCACUGCUUCGAAGAUUCGACUGCAACUUUGACCUCAAGGUCCUAAAUGCACAGAAAGCUGGGUAUGGUGCAGCUGUGGUGCACAAUGUGAAUUCCAAUGAACUGCUGAACAUGGUGUGGAACAGUGAGGAAAUCCAACAGCAGAUCUGGAUCCCAUCUGUAUUUAUCGGAGAGAGAAGUGCAGAGUACCUACGAGCCCUUUUUGUCUAUGAGAAGGGGGCUCGGGUGCUUCUGGUUCCAGACAACAGCUUCCCCUUGGGUUAUUACCUCAUUCCUUUCACUGGGAUUGUAGGACUACUGGUUUUGGCCAUGGGAACAGUAUUGAUAGUUCGUUGCAUCCAGCACCGGAAACGGCUUCAACGGAACCGACUUACCAAAGAGCAACUGAAACAGAUUCCUACCCAUGACUAUCAGAAAGGAGAUGAAUAUGAUGUCUGUGCCAUCUGUCUGGAUGAAUAUGAGGAUGGGGACAAGCUUCGAGUACUUCCCUGUGCUCAUGCUUAUCACAGUCGCUGUGUGGACCCCUGGCUCACUCAGACCCGCAAGACCUGCCCCAUCUGCAAACAGCCUGUCCAUCGGGGUCCUGGCGAUGAGGAGCAGGAAGAAGAAACUCAAGAGCAAGAUGAAGGUGAUGAAGGGGAGGCAAGGGACCAACCUGCUUCAGAAUGGACCCCACUCCUGGGCUCUAGCCCUACUCUUCCCACCUCCUUUGGAUCCCUAGCCCCUGCUCCCCUGGUCUUCCCUGGGCCCUCCACAGAUCCCUCACCUCCUUCAUCUGCUGCCCUGGCCUGACACCCCCAUACUUGGUACCUCUGGUGACCGACCUAUUUGCACAAACUCUUUUUUCCAGUCUAAUAAGCUGACAGUGAGGGAUAGGGGACAUUUCUACCCCAGGUUCAUGAACCCAGCCUCAUCCUUUCGAGGGGGCUAGAAGCCAUAGGGACAUGGUUUUCACUUCUUGGAUUAAUAAAAUUGUUUGGUUUUUUUGUGGAUGAAAAAAAA